GAUCUCCCAUUUGUUUUCGUUCUACUUUUCUAUUUCCAUUUCUGUUUACCUUUGUUUUUAAAAAUAUUGUUCUUCUCUUUCAGUUGUGGUUCUCACGCUCUUACGAUAAUUAAUUCAACAAUGGAAUUACAAUGUUUGUCCCAGCGCCGGCACUGACCACAAUUGUCAUUAGUAUUGGUACUUGUGAUUAAGUGGUGUUCAAUUUUUAACAUUUACACCCAAAAAAAAAGUGGUGUUCAAUUUUUCAAAAAGCACAUUGUUGAAGAGAAACGCUGAAGGCAUAUAUAUGAUCGAGGAAAUUCACAAACAGAUCCAUUAAAAGAAGAAGUUUGAGAUAAGACCAUAUUAUUGGAGAUGAAUUUCACAGAAUCGAUGAACGUCGUGCACAGCAGAAUCCAACAUCUUGAACCUGAAAAUGCAUCAAAAAUCAUCGGUUAUCUCUUGAUGCAAGACCAUGGGGACCUUGACAUGAUCCGUCUCGCCUUCUGCCCAGAUUCUGUGAUGCAUUCCAUGAUCAACUUCGUGAAAUACGAAUUAGCUAAAGAUCCUCGUUACAACAGCCCUCCUUCUGAUCACGUUCCUACUCUUAGUUUCGGAUCAUUUACUGGUUCAUCUAUCCAGCCUCCCUCGGUUUCGGUUUCGGUUUCUCCUCCUUUGAGAACCGGUUAUUGGGAGAACUCAACCGAGAUUGAUUCGUUGCAUAACAAUGUUCAGUUCUUGAACGUUGAGGAUUCUAUGACGAGCCCUGAGUUCUCUAACGGCUUCUUCUCUCGAGAUCAUCAAUGCUUUCCUUUAAGAACAAGCAGGAGAUCACCGAGUUUACCCGAGUUUCCGGUAAAAAUAUGUCACUACUUCAACAAAGGGUACUGCAAACAUGGCGACAACUGCCGGUACUUCCACGGUCAGAUCAUUCCGGAGAGAGAGGGUUUCUCUCAGAUGUUUAAUCCAAACAACUUAAGCGACGAAGAGCAUGUUGUUUCACCCGGAUCACUUGAGAAACUAGAAGGAGAGAUCAUCGAGCUGCUCAAAUCCAGAAGAGGCGCUCCAAUUUCCAUUGCUUCAUUGCCAAUGAUGUACUAUGAAAAAUACUCUAGGACCCUUCAAGCUGAAGGAUAUCUCACAGAGUCACAAAGACAUGGCAAAGCUGGCUUUAGCCUCACCAAGCUUCUUGCUCGCUUGAACAACACCAUCCGCCUCAUUGACAGGCCUCACGGCCAGCAUUCGGUCAUAUUAGCAGAAGAUGUAUCGAAGUUUGUGGAAUACAUGGGAGAGAGAAACGAACAUGGAGCCAUCCUUGCUGGUUCCAGGCAGAUUUACUUAACCUUUCCGGCAGAGAGUAGUUUCACUGAACAUGAUGUCUCAAACUACUUCUCCAAAUUCGGACUUGUUGAAGAUGUGAGGAUUCCUUGUCAACAGAAGAGAAUGUUUGGAUUUGUAACAUUCGUUUACACAGAAAGCGUCAAACUCAUUCUUGCUAAAGGUAAUCCUCAUUUCAUAUGCGGGGCCCGUGUUCUUGUCAAGCCUUACCGGGAAAAAUCACGCUCUAGUCGAUACCUUGACAACAACAAGCCUCUCCACAGGAUGCGGUAUGGCUCUCAAUACAUUGACAGAGACUUGGAGAUGAACACAUUGCCACCACGAGUUAGCGAGAGCUCAAGACUAAUGAGAAAGCAGUUCCUUGAGGAACAUGAGCAAUCGGUUUCCAAGUCUUUACCUACCAAUUACUCUUAUCUUGGCUUCUCCGAUGACUUCAAGCUAACAUCAGAUGUGGAGCAAGAGGAACAAGUAGGACGGUUGAGCUAUCUUCUGGACUAUUUAAACACCGAAGAAAAUGUCAUGAACAUAACCACAAACUACAAAGACACUGAUCGGAGAAUCCAUUGUGAUCCUUUGGACAACCAAGUCUUGAACCUACCAGAGAGUCCUUUUUCUUCCCUUUCUGGGAAGGAGAUUUCGACAAUUACCUAGAGAUGAAGAGAUUAGUAUCUAACCAAAAUGGAGAAGAAGAUAGAAACAUAAAGGUUAGAGGAAAUUCCCAAAUAUCUAAUAAUCAUCAGUCAGCCAAAAAAGACUUCUUUGAGUCCUUAGCAUCAUUAGCAAUAACGGCAAAGAGAAAAAACAAGGUGACAGACACACAACAAAGCUGUUUUCUUUUACAACAACAUGAGCCUAGCAGUUUACAUAAAGUACAGGGGGUUUCAUUAAUAAUUGAAUCUUUCAAAAGGUUUACUUAUAUGUUUUCAUUCUCUCUUAUCAACUUUAUGAGGCUGAUAGAUCAUAUCUCAUUGUAACAUAUGACAAUCAUUCUAGUUAUAAGAACCAAGGUUUAAUGUAU